AUGGAUCAGAAACGAGCCAUGCUUUAUCCGCAAGUGGAUUUCAACACCCCGACGGCCCCCUCGCCGACGCCAACGAGGGAGUUGGGCAAUCCCAUCGCCAACGGCCUGCCCAUUGAGGCUCCCCCAUCGUACGAUGUGGCGGUGUCUGUUCCGGUGGUUCCAGCGGUUUCCGCACCAGCAAUUGCCCCACCACGACCACCGCCAGUGGUUGUCGUGGAGCAGCCAGCCCCACAACCACCAACAGUGGUUCCAACAGAUACUCUACACUUGGGUCCAAAUCGAAGUAGGGUUCUCUGCCCCGCCUGUGGAGCCAACAAAACCACGAGGAUGACACACACGGCUAACUCCAGGACCCAUAUGGUGGCAGGUCUCCUCUGUUUGGUCGGAUUCUGCUGCUGUGCCUGUUUUGUUCCCUAUUGCAUGAACAGUUGCCGCACUGGAAACCACUAUUGUCGCAAGUGUAACACCUUCCUGGGAGCCUACAAUCCAAAGGGGAUGAACCGAUGAUAAGACUGCCAAGAUAAAAAGUGAUCUGGGGGCUAGACAGAUAGAACAGAUACAAGUUAUAAGCAAAUACAAAGCCGCUGAUGUUUGCCAGCGGCUAAAUUAAGGUUGUAUAUACAUAGGCCAUUGGCUAGAGCGCAAAGCGUCAUAAAGAAUCAUCAUUGGUCACUUAAGCAUAUGUGAGAUAGCUUAAAAAAAUUUGAUUUUUCCCAAAUUUUGCUUUACCCAUAAGCACUAGAGUAAACAUAAGCAAAACCGCUUACCUUCCCAUUGUUGCUGAAGCAGUUGGCCUUUGGCUUGCUAAAAAAAUAAAAGCGUGGGCGGAAGCUUCGUAAUAAAAUGCAAACAAAAAGCAA